AUGAAUAUUUGCCCUAUCCGAUAUACUCCAUACUUGAAUAAUUCCAGAAGAAGACAAAGAGUGAUUGAUCCUAGUAGAGCUAAGAGUUCUCAAGGGAUGAGAUAAAAUUCUUCAAGUUAACAUAGAUGCUCAACAUAAUAAAGUCCUAACAGAACUCCUAGUUAAGGGGAAUUGCAACAAUUAGAAGUAUGAUGAGAUUUGUUUUGAAUGAUAGAUUUAACAUCUGGCUGAACCAAUUGCACAGGUAUAAGUUAAUUUGAGUGUGUCUAGAAUUACAAACAACUAUUUCUGUCAACUUAGAUUAGAAGAAGUCCUUCAUUUCGUUUAAAGAAUUAUCAUGCAGCAGAAAUUGUAUAGAGUGCUUAGUCAACUUCUUAAUAAAAAAGAUAGAAUUUGAUUGGAAGUGGAAAGUAAUGACUAAAUUAAAAAUAGUUAAAGUAAGGAAGAGAGAAUAAAUAGAAUAAAUUUCUUAGGGGAUUUGUUACAAUAAUUGGAGUAAAAUGGAUAAUAAACAAAGCAAUCUUUAUCUACUGAAAUGACUACAGUCCCUAAACCGAAAUUUGAAAUUCUGCAUGGAAGAACAUUAACUGAAUAUGAAUAAAAUAUAGAAGAAUUGCACUUUUAUCUGGUAGACUCCUAAUAAAGAUCUAAACAAUAUACCCAAGUCAUUGAAAAGCAAAAAAUAAAUAAUUGA